UGCGGCGGCCGCGGCGGCCGUGGGGCUGUCCCGGGAGCGGGCCUUGGACUACUACGGGCUGUACGACGACCGCGGGCGCCCCUACAGCUACCCGGCCGUGUGCGAGGAAGACCUGAUGCCCGAGGACGACCAGAGGGCCACCCGAAACCUCUUCAUCGGGAACCUGGACCACAGCGUAUCCGAGGUGGAGCUCCGACGGGCCUUCGAGAAGUACGGCAUCAUCGAGGAGGUGGUCAUCAAGAGGCCUGCCCGGGGCCAGGGUGGUGCCUAUGCCUUCCUCAAGUUUCAGAACCUGGACAUGGCACACAGGGCCAAAGUGGCCAUGUCCGGCCGGGUGAUUGGCAGAAACCCUAUAAAGAUAGGCUACGGCAAGGCUAACCCCACCACCCGCCUCUGGGUGGGUGGCCUGGGACCCAACACCUCGCUGGCGGCCCUGGCCAGGGAAUUCGAUCGCUUUGGGAGCAUCCGGACCAUCGACCACGUCAAAGGAGACAGCUUUGCCUACAUCCAGUACGAGAGCCUGGACGCAGCCCAAGCCGCCUGCGCUAAAAUGAGGGGCUUUCCCUUGGGUGGUCCAGAUCGCAGGCUCAGGGUGGAUUUUGCCAAAGCGGAAGAGACUCGCUAUCCCCAGCAGUACCAGCCCUCACCUCUCCCUGUGCACUAUGAGCUGCUCACUGACGGGUAUACGCGGCAUCGAAACCUGGACGCUGACCUUAGGGUGCGGGAUAGGACCCCUCCGCACCUGCUGUAUUCAGACCGAGACCGGACCUUUUUGGAAGGGGACUGGACCAGCCUCAGUAAAAGUUCGGACCGCAGGAACAGCCUGGAGGGGUACAGCCGCUCAGUGCGCAGCCGGAGUGGUGAACGCUGGGGAGGAGAUGGGGACCGGAGCGUAGCCAAGCCCUGGGAGGAGAGACGCAAGCGGAGGAGCCUCUCCAGUGACCGCGGAAGGACAGCCCACUCCCCUUAUGAGGAACGGAGCAGGACCAAGGGUGGGGGGCAGCAGUCUGAGCGAGGCUCGGACCGCACCCCUGAGCGUAGCCGGAAGGAGACCCACUCCAGUGACGGGACCAAGGAGUCAGGCAGCAACUCCCUCAGCAACAGCCGGCAUGCCGAGGAGAGGGGCCUCCACCACCACCACCACGAGCCUCCCGACUCUUCCCACGGGAAAAAGACCAGAGAGAGUGAACGCAAUCAUCGGACCACGGAGGCAGAGCCCAAGACUCUUGAAGAGCCAAAACACGAGACCAAAAAGCUAAAGACUCUUUCCGAGUAUGCUCAGACGCUGCAGCUGGGUUGGAAUGGGCUUCUAGUUUUGAAAAACAGCUGCUUUCCAACAUCUAUGCACAUCCUAGAGGGGGACCAGGGAGUUAUCAGCGGCCUCCUCAAAGACCACACUUCUGGCAGCAAGCUGACCCAGCUCAAGAUCGCCCAGCGCCUUCGACUGGACCAGCCCAAGCUGGACGAGGUCACCCGCCGCAUCAAGCAGGGGAGCCCUAACGGCUAUGCAGUGCUCCUGGCCAUCCAGUCCACCCCCAGUGGGCCUGGCACUGAAGGGGUGCCCACGGUGGAGCCAGGCCUACAGAGGCGGCUUCUCAGGAACCUGGUCUCCUACUUGAAACAGAAGCAGGCUGCGGGGGUGAUCAGCCUGCCGGUGGGUGGGUCUAAGGGCAGAGACAGCACGGGCAUGCUCUAUGCCUUCCCGCCCUGUGACUUCUCACAGCAGUACCUCCAGUCAGCUCUGAGGACACUGGGCAAGCUGGAGGACGAACACAUGGUGAUCGUUAUUGUCCGGGACACUGCCUAGCCCACCUGUUCCCUCCAGCCGCGCGCGUGUGUCACAGAAGCAGUUCUUUUACAAAUCUGCUCCCUCCUCGACCUACCUUACUCCCUUGGUUUGAAUUCUUGCUGGUUUGUUCUGGUUCAUUGGGUGGCAUCCUGUCCACCGCUAAAACUCAGUUCUCGGGUCUGGGGCUUUUUGUUUUUUACAAGAAGAAACUCCUAUUAUGUUUCCUGUGUAUGAGAUACUGUCUGCUGUAUUCUGUAUUUUUUUAUUUUUAUUUUUUUGACUAACUGUAUGGAAAGUUGUCAGUAAAGCCUUUGUCGGGAUGAAUUUUUCAUCCGACCAUA